GGUGGUAAAAUUGCAUGUCAAUUCGUACUUCUGGAUAUCCUAUCAAAAAUGAAGUUGGCUUUUGCAUUGGUCCUCCUAACGGCGCUGGUAGCCACCCAGGCUGCCCCAAGGCUUGGAGGCAAGGAAAUCACCGUAAUCAGACAAGGUGGGGCGUCCAGCAGUAGCUACUCGUCAGCGUCAUCCCAAUCUGAAUCCGAAAGCAGCUCACAAAGUUCCAGCUCAGCCCAGAGUUACUCCAGUAGCCAAAGCGAUGAAGACAGGAGUGGCAGUAGCAGCGGCUCCAGUUCUUCAGCCCAAAGCAGCAGCGGAUCCUCCAGCGGCAACUCUGGAAGCAGUAGUGGAUCCAGCGCUUCUUCACAAAGUAGUAGCGGAUCUUCUAGUGGAAACUAUGGCAGUAGCAAUCUUUCAAAUGCUAUCGCUCGAGGCAGAUCUGGUAGUGGAAGCAGCAGCGGCUCCAGCUCUUCAGCCCAAAGUGGAAGUGGAUCUUCCAGUGGUAGAUCCGGAAGCAGCAGUGGUUCCAGCUCUUCAGCCCAAAGUGGAAGUGGAUCUUCCAGUGGUCGAUCUGGAAGCAGCAGUGGUUCCAGCUCUUCAGCCCAAAGUGGAAGUGGAUCUUCCAGUGGUCGAUCUGGAAGCAGCAGUGGCUCCAGCUCUGCAGCCCAAAGCAGCAGUGGUUCUUCCAGUGGUAGAUCUGGAAGCAACAGUGGAUCCAGCUCUUCUUCUGAAAGCAGCAGUGGAUCAUCCAGCGGCAAUUCAGGCAGUAGAAGCGGCUCAAGUGCUUCAUCGCGCAGCAGGAGUAGGUCUUUGGGAAGGGGAUCUGGCAGCAGUAGUAGUUCAAACGCUUCUUCUCAAAGCAGCGCCGAAUCUUCAAGCAGGGAAUCUGGAAGUAGCAGCAGCUCGAAAGCAUCAUCACAGAGCAGGAGUGGAUCUAGGAGGAGGUUAGGAAGGUGGGGAAGUGGUAGCGGCUCAAGCUCUAGUUCCAGCAGUGGAUCCCAAUCUGGAAGCAGCUCUGGCUCAAGCAGCGGAAGCAACUCUGGAAGCAGCUCUGGCUCAAGCAGCGGAAGCAACUCUGGAAGCAGCUCUGGCUCAAGCAGCGGAAGCAACUCAGGAAGCAGCUCUGGCUCAAGCAGCGGAAGCAACUCAGGAAGCAGCUCUGGCUCAAGCAGCGGAAGCAACUCUGGCUCAAGCAGCGGAAGCAACUCUGGCUCAAGCAGCGGAAGCAACUCUGGAAGCAGCUCUGGCUCAAGCAGCGGAAGCAACUCUGGAAGCAGCUCUGGCUCAAGCAGCGGAAGCAACUCUGGAAGCAGCUCUGGCUCAAGCAGCGGAAGCAACUCUGGAAGCAGCUCUGGCUCAAACAGCGGAAGCAACUCUGGCUCAAGCAGUGGAAGCAACUCUGGAAGCAGCUCUGGUUCAAGCAGCGGAAGCAACUCUGGAAGCAGCUCUGGCUCAAGCAGCGGAAGCAACUCAGGAAGCAGCUCUGGCUCAAGCAGCGGAAGCAACUCUGGAAGCAGCUCUGGCUCAAGCAGCGGAAGCAACUCUGGCUCAAGCAGUGGAAGCAACUCUGGAAGCAGCUCUGGUUCAAGCAGCGGAAGCAACUCUGGAAGCAGCUCUGGCUCAAGCAGCGGAAGCAACUCAGGAAGCAGCUCUGGCUCAAGCAGCGGAAGCAACUCUGGAAGCAGCUCUGGCUCAAGCAGCGGAAGCAACUCAGGAAGCAGCUCUGGCUCAAGCAGUGGAAGCAACUCUGGAAGCAGCUCUGGUUCAAGCAGCGGAAGCAACUCUGGAAGCAGCUCUGGCUCAAGCAGCGGAAGCAACUCAGGAAGCAGCUCUGGAUCAAACAGCGGAAGCAACUCUGGAAGCAGCUCUGGCUCAAGCAGUGGAAGCAACUCAGGAAGCAGCUCUGGCUCAAACAGCGGAAGCAACUCUGGAAGCAGCUCUGGUUCAAGCAGCGGAAGCAACUCUGGAAGCAGCUCUGGCUCAAACAGCGGAAGCAACUCUGGAAGCAGCUCUGGUUCAAGCAGCGGAAGCAACUCUGGAAGCAGCUCUGGCUCAAACAGCGGAAGCAACUCUGGAAGCAGCUCUGGCUCAAGCAGUGGAAGCAACUCUGGAAGCAGCUCUGGUUCAAGCAGCGGAAGCAACUCUGGAAGCAGCUCUGGCUCAAGCAGCGGAAGCAACUCAGGAAGCAGCUCUGGAUCAAACAGCGGAAGCAACUCUGGAAGCAGCUCUGGCUCAAGCAGUGGAAGCAACUCAGGAAGCAGCUCUGGCUCAAGCAGCGGAAGUAACUCAGGAAGCAGCUCUGGAUCAAACAGCGGAAGCAACUCAGGAAGCAGCUCUGGCUCAAGCAGCGGAAGCAACUCUGGAAGCAGCUCUGGCUCAAGCAGCGGAAGCAACUCAGGAAGCAGCUCUGGCUCAGGCAGCGGAAGCAACUCAGGAAGCAACUCUGGCUCAAGCAGCGGAAGCAACUCUGGAAGCGGCUCUGGCUCAAGCAGUGGAAGCAACUCAGGAAGCAGCUCUGGCUCAAGCAGCGGAAGCAACUCUGGAAGCAGCUCUGGCUCAAGCAGCGGAAGCAACUCUGGAAGCAGCUCUGGCUCAAGCAGCGGAAGCAACUCAGGAAGCAGCUCUGGCUCAAGCAGCGGAAGCAAUUCAGGAAGCAGCUCUGGCUCAAGCAGCGGAAGCAACUCAGGAAGCAGCUCUGGCUCAGGCAGCGGCAGUCAAUCUGGAAGCAGCUCUGGCUCAAACAGCGGAAGCAACUCAGGAAGCAGCUCUGGCUCAAGCAGCGGAAGUAACUCUGGAAGCAGCUCUGGAUCAAACAGCGGAAGCAACUCAGGAAGCAGCUCUGGCUCAAGCAGCGGAAGCAACUCUGGAAGCAGCUCUGGCUCAAGCAGCGGAAGCAACUCUGGAAGCGGCUCUGGCUCAAGCAGCGGAAGCAACUCUGGCUCAAGCAGUGGAAGCAACUCUGGCUCAAGCAGCGGAAGCAACUCAGGAAGCAGCUCUGGCUCAAGCAGCGGAAGCAACUCUGGAAGCGGCUCUGGCUCAAGCAGCGGAAGCAACUCUGGCUCAAGCAGUGGAAGCAACUCUGGCUCAAGCAGCGGAAGCAACUCAGGAAGCAGCUCUGGCUCAAGCAGCGGAAGCAACUCAGGAAGCAGCUCUGGCUCAAGCAGCGGAAGCAACUCAGGAAGCAGUUCUGGCUCAAGCAGCGGAAGCAACUCAGGAAGCAGCUCUGGCUCAAGCAGCGGAAGCAACUCAGGAAGCAGCUCAGGCUCAAGCAGUGGAAGCAACUCAGGAAGCAGCUCUGGCUCAAGCAGCGGAAACAACACUGGAAGCAGCUCUGGCUCAAGCAGCGGAAGCAACUCGGGAAGCAGCUCUGGCUCAAGCAGCGGCAGUCAAUCUGGAAGCAGCUCUGGCUCAAGCAGCGGCAGUCAAUCUGGAAGCAGCUCUGGCUCAAGCAGCGGCAGUCAAUCUGGAAGCAGCUCUGGCUCAAGCAGCGGCAGUCAAUCUGGAAGCAGCUCUGGCUCAAGCAGCGGCAGUCAAUCUGGAAGCAGCUCUGGCUCAAGCAGCGGAAGCAACUCAGGAAGCAGCUCAGGCUCAAGCAGCGGCAGUCAAUCAGGAAGCAGCUCCGGCUCAAGCAGCGGAUCCAGUGGUUCAGGUGCUAGAACGAGUUCAUCCUCACGAUCAUCAUCCGCCAGUCAAGGUGGUUCAUCUAGCAAGUCAGUUAGGAGAAGUCAGUCAUCAGACGGCAGUUCAUCCAGCAGCGAAGCGGAAAGCCAAAACGCAUACUCCAAUCAGGCAGAAAGCAGCAGGCGUGUCAACUCUGAUGGCAGUGAAAGUAAUUCUGCUAGCUCCGCCCAAAGCGCCGCCGCUUCAAAGAGUAGCAGCAGUUCUCAAGUUGGACCAAAUGGCAGCAGUUCUAGCCAAUCCGCGUCUGCGAGCCAAUCUAGCGCUGCCGCUGAAAGUUCAAGCUCAAGAUCUGCUGAUGGAUCAUCGUCGUACGAAUCUGAGAGCUCCUCAAGCAGCAGCAGUUCCAGUUCUAGUUCAAGCGAAAGUGAGACUUACUCCAAUUAGAAACCUAAUUAUAAGAUCUCGGAUAUCUUUACGACCAGGCUAAGUGUAACGGAUUUGAUAGGUUCUAUAGUUUAUGUUGGAGGCUGAAGGGAUACCUGAUCACUCUUCAACAAUGUUGUUUAUCGAAAAAGCAUAAAAAAAAUUGGCCGUUUGGCACAGAAAUAAAGAUUUAUGAGCAUUA